AUGCGGGAGCAAAUUUUUCAUACUUGUCAAAUUGAGCAAAUGCUACUCAAAAGCUACUCAAAGGAAAUCGAAGAGUCUGAUUGCAUGUAGAAUUUAGAAUUAGAGAAUAACAAAUUACAACAAUUAUCGAUAGAAAAAAAAUAUAUAUACACUAAAUAUCAAAAGAUAUAUUAUAUAUAUUAUAUAUUAUAUUAUAAUAACGUAUGUUAUUACGUAAAAACAUAUAUUUAUAAAUAUAUUUCUCCUUCGAUUAUUAUAUCAUAUAAUAAUACAUAGUACACUAAAAUAAUUUAUAAUAAUGUAUAUUACAUGUAAGUAUUUAAAUAAAUAUAUUAUAAUAAUCUAUGUAAUAAAAAUGUAUAAUAAUUACAAAAAUAAUAGAAUAUGUCAAGAAACAUAGAAGGAAAUAUACAGUGAAGGAAAGAUCUAGUAUAAAAAUUUUGGAAUCACAAAAAAGAUAUAACGAUAUUUAUAAAUAUACAAAUCUCCUCUUCGAUUAUUACGUAUCAGAAUAAUUUUAAAAAAUUUUCCUGGAACAUAGAGAAACAAAAUUGACACAAUUCUAGACUGUUAAUAAAUUAUGUAGCAGAAUAGCUUCAAAAUCAGAAACGUUCAAUGAAAGUAGUAAAAAUUUGCUUUCGUGUAACAUCUCGAAGCGACAGAAGGAUACUCUGACAAAAAAAAAAAGUUCGCUGCCAGCUGUAAAUCCAAUUAUGCAAAUUAUCGACUAAAAGAUAAUUAUUAAUAAACGCUAUUUAUCAUUAAUAAACUAACUAUCAUUAUCAAUAAACUAAAAGAUAAUUAUUAAUAAACGCUAUUAUUAAUAAAAGACAAUUAUUAAUUACUUGUUUACCAGCUUCUUACUUACACGUGUGUGGAUCCAGAAACCCGAAUCUCGACAAAUGCAUCUUGAACAGUCUAAAUUCUAUGAAUGAGAAGUUACUCCACGGAAUUCCGGAAAUGGAUAUCUUAUCGAUUGAACCAUUGAAAAUUGGAGAUCUCGUGCUUACCGACUUGCCGAAUUUCAAGGCGGUGGGAUCGGACGUAAAGUUGAAAGGGAUAAGCACUUAUCACGCACAUUAUUUUCACAUAGAUCUCGAGAAGAAAAUUAUAAACAUAAAUAUGACAACAAAUGAACUUUCGACAAAUUCUCUUUUCAAUAUCACUACUCGGAUCUUGGUCCCGAUAGAGGCAAUGGGGAACCUUUCACUCAUUACAAAAAACCCGACCGCUCAGAUAGAAAUAACGUACGUGGUGAUCAAUCGUGGUGGCAAAAAACUUUUCUACUUCUCGUCGUUGAACUUAAAAAUACAUAUCAUAGACUUUGACUUAGAUUUCCAUGGGCAAACCCUAGACAAAACCUUGGAUGAGGCGAUCAAACAAACAAUACGUAACAAUAAGAAGGAACUGCUGGCUGCGAGCAUAGUGAAUAUAGAGAAGGCCAUUUCGAAGAAGUGUCUUGAAAUAAUGAACAACAUUGUCAAGCAUUUCACUUACGACGAACUUUUACCCGAUCGGGAAUAA